UUUAAUUUCAUAACGUCACAAUCGCCAAUUAUGAAGCUCUUCGUAGUGUGGACGCUGGUCUUGGUGCUGGGAAAUCUGGGAGCCGGCAGGCAGUCACUAGCCGACGGAGGGGGCUCCAAGGGGCUCCCGCAGGACGGGGCGGCCUCCCUUACCUUGGAAAAGACCGAUGUGGACCCAUGCCGAAAACAAGACGAGGGGGGACUCAAAGAGUUACCCAAAGUGUAUGAUCUAACGAGCAUGAAGCCAAGCUUGGAAAAUGGCACUCAUGACACCAUCAAGACCGUGGAAAGAAGAGUCAUUAACAAUACAGACGAGGCGGGGCAUUUAACAGGAAACAAGACAGUCGUUGAAAAGACGACAGAGACUGACGUACAGCCCAACCGAAAUGUAUCAAAGACUACGGAAGCACAAGUCGUUGUUGAUGAGAAAGGUAAAGAAAGUGGCGAAAAACAUGUCACAGAGAGCGAAACGGUGACGCAAAGCACUCCAGACAACGGAACCUUAACACAGACGGUGGACAUGAAAACUGUAACGGACGAAAAGGGCAAUGAAAUAAACGAGGAGGUUGUUAUAAAGAAGGAAGCAACAGUACUUACUAAUGACACUAAAGAAAAGCCGAAGGACGAUAAAGCUGCAACUCUUCUUCUUCCGAAGGAUGACCAAGGUAAAAACAAAACAGAAACUACAGAAAUAACAGAGGAAAGAAAGGAGACUCUGCCCGACAAUACAACGCAUGAAGUCUUAGUAAAAGAGAAAGAAGAAAUAUUGCCUUCACAGAACAGCACUAAAGUGACAUCUGUGGAGACGAAGAAUAUUACAGAGAAGGGUGAUGGACUUCAGAAGACAGAAAUAACAGAGGAAAGAAAAGAGAUUCUGCCCAGCAAUAUAACGAAUGAAGAUGUAUUGAAAGAAGAAAUAUUGCCUUCACAGAACAGCACUAAAGUGACAUCUGUGGAGACGAAGAAUAUUACAGAGAUGGGUGAUGGGCUUCUGAAGACAGAAAUAACAGAGGAAAGAAAAGAGAUUCUGCCCAGCAAUAUAACGAAUGAAGAUGUAUUGAAAGAAGAAAUAUUUCCUUCACAGAACAGCACUACAGUGACAUCUGUGGAGACGAAGAAUGUUACAGAGAAGGGUGAUGGGCUUCUGAAGACAGAAAUAACAGAGGAAAGAAAAGAGAUUCUGCCCAGCAAUAUAACGAAUGAAGAUGUAUUGAAAGAAGAAAUAUUGCCUUCACAGAACAGCACUACAGUGACAUCUGUGGAGACGAAGAAUAUUACAGAGAAGGGUGAUGGGCUUCUGAGGGCAGAACAAACAAAGGAAAGAAAGGAGACUCUGCCCGACAAUACAACGCAUGAAAUUGUAGUUAAAGAGAAAGAAGAAAAAUUACCUUCACAGGAUAGCACUAACGAGACAUCCGUGGAAAGUAAGAAUGUUACAUAUAAGGGCGAUGGAAAAGAUGUCGAGAAAGAAACUGUAAUUCAAAAAGAAGUCGAAAAGAAUGUGUGUAAUGGCGACACCAAGGAGGUUCGUGACGAAGGACAUCUUAACGAAACAGCUGAAGACCUGAAGCACCAAGUUAGCGACGUGAAGAACAAGAUUGAGGAAGAAAAGGCAAAGGCUGAGGAAACAAGUCCUACGCCGACCCAAUGGAUAGAACAAAAACCAGUUGCCGCCCCUGUCAUCCAAGAAGGCAAGGUCGUUAGAAAGGUAGUCCCUGCUGUGAGGCCAAUGAAGGUCGUUAGAAAGGUAGUCCCUGCUGUGAGGCCAAUGAAGGUCGUUAGAAAGGUAGUCCCUGCUGUGAGGCCAAUGAAGGUCGUUAGAAAGGUAGUCCCUGCUGUGAGGCCAAUGAAGGUCGUUAGAAAGGUAGUCCCUGCUGUGAGGCCAAUGAAGGUCGUUAGAAAGGUAGUCCCUGCUGUGAGGCCAAUGAAGGUCGUUAGAAAGGUAGUCCCUGUUAUGAGGCCAAUGAAGGUCGUUAGAAAGGUAGUCCCUGCUGUGAGGCCAAUGAAGGUCGUUAGAAAGGUAGUCCCUGUUAUGAGGCCAAUGAAGGUCGUUAGAAAGGUAGUCCCUGUUAUGAGGCCAAUGAAGGUCGUUAGAAAGGGUGUGCCCUCGGUGAGACAAGGAAAAGUCUUCGUUGUGCAUCGAGUUGUUGAAUACGUCACCCCUUCGGUGGUAACAAAAAGAUUCCCCGUUGUGACACAGAAGAAGGUUCUUGCAAAGGUUCCCCCUACGGUGACAGAAGGAAACAUCCCCGUUGUUACAGAAAAGAAAGUUACUGAGAAUCUUAUCCCCUCUGUGACAGAAGGAAAAGUGCCGGUUGUGACAACUGAGAAGGUUGCUGAGCAGGUUGCCCCUUCGGCAACAGAAGAGAUCGUCAGUGUCCCCAAGGAGCAAGAAAAUGUCCCUGUCAUGACAGAAAAAGAGGUUGAGAAUCUUAUCCCCUCUGUGACAGAAGGAAAAGUACCGGUAGUCCCUCAACAGGAGAUUGUUGACAAGGUUGCCCCUUCGGCGACAGAAGAGAUCGUCAGUGUCCCCAAGAUGCAAGAAAAUGUCCCUGUCGUAACAGAAGAAAAGGCUGAGAAUCUUAUCCCCUCUGUGACAGAAGGAAAAGUGCCGGUAGUCCCUCAACAGGAGAUUGUUGACAAGGUUCCCCCUGCGGCGACAGAAGAAAAAGUUCCUGUCGCGGUCAAAGAGAAAGUUAGUGAACAGGCAGCCCCUUCGGGGACAGAAGAGAUUGUCACUGUUCCCAAAGAGCAAGAACAAGUCCCUGUUGUAACAGAGGAAAAGGUCGUUGAAGAGGUUGCCCCCUCCGUAACAGAGGAAAAAGCUCCCGUUGUGACAAAUCAGACGGUUGUCGAAAAGAUUACUCCUACCGCAACAGAGGAAGAAGUUGUCACUCAACGGAAGCUCGUUGAGAAGGUUGCCCCCUCUGUCGAGGAAAAUGUAGUUGACAUUCCAAAGAGGGAGGAAGUGUAGUUGACACAAUUGCUCCUGUUGUAAAGAAGGCAAGUACAACAGAGUAGUGAUACCGUGUUGCUGUUUCUAUUAUCAAUUUCGUUACAUUAU